AGGAUCCUGUUGGGUCUAAUAAAAUAGGAAUUCUUUUUUAUUCCGUUGUUUAAUAUAGAAAGGUUUCUCUCUUUUGUGGCUACAAUCGAAAGCGAGUGAAAAAUACAAGACCUUUCUCUCCCAACCUUUCAUCGCCAGCAAUUGCAGCCAGAUCGAGACUAUGCUUAAGGUCCCAGAUCAUCAAGUUGCUGGCCACCAAGCUGGUGGUGGAAAGCUUGGCCCUCUUGUAGAUGAUUCAGGCCACUUUUACAAGCCUCUUCAGAGUGACGAGCGUGGUUCCCAUGAGGUAGCAUUCUAUACAGCAUUCUCUACUGACACUAGGAUUCCAGACCAAUUCCGCAAGUUCUUCCCUGUAUUUCAUGGCACUAAGCUUUUAGAGGCGUCUGAUGGUUCUGGUCUGUAUCCUCACCUGGCCUUGGAAGAUAUUGUCUCAGGCCGAACCAAUCCUUGUAUACUGGAUGCUAAAAUUGGUGCCAGAACAUGGUACCCACAAGCUGCUGAAGAUUAUCUCCAAAAGUGUCUUAAGAAAGAUAGAGAAACUGCGUGCCUGGAACUGGGGUUCAGGAUAUCUGGACUUCAAGUGUAUGGAAACAAACUGACUGGACUUUGGAAGCCCGACAGGCACGUUAUUCAGAGCAGUAGCGUUGAAGAUUCUAAGUUAGCUCUUAGGAAAUUUAUAUCUUCUAACCCAUCUACCGAUUCAGAUAUCAAACCAGAUUGUUCUUUCGCAUCGACUGUCUAUGGUGGUCCUGAUGGGAUAUUGGCACAGCUGUUGGUACUGAAGUCAUGGUUUGAGGAGCAAACGUUUUACCAUUUCUAUUCUUGUUCAGUUCUGAUGGUUUAUGACAAGGAAUCGAUACUGCAGGGGGAGAAUCGAGGUGCUCAAAUUAAACUUGUUGAUUUUGCGCAUGUCAUUGACGGGAGAGGUGUAAUCGACCAUAAUUUUUUGGGCGGGCUCUGCUCCUUGAUAAAGAUGAUCACAGAUAUUGUCACCAGUUCUAGUACUUGAACCGACGCAUGUUGACAACUCUGAAAAAAAAGGAGAAAUGAAGUACCCUGUGGGUAGCUUUCUUUCUUCCUUGGGGGAUUUUGGAUUCCAAUUUCAUGAAUAUUCAAUUUCUUCCAUUUAACGAUCCUUUUUUUUUUUUUUGUUACUGAAGUAAUUGAAAAUUGUUGAUGGUAUUUAUUGAAUUUUUUAUUAUUUAA